GGUCUGUACGUACAUGUCUGUUUCUUCUCAGGUUGUGCAUUUACUGUCAGUCAUGUUCCGUUAGGCUUGUCAUGUUCUUCUUCAGGUUCAUCUUAUCACUUUAACGUUAUCUUGGAGCACUCUAUGGACUUGUGGAUUCAAGCCAUGGACCAGACACUGAAGGGCUGGUACACGGAGCGGUCCCCCAUGUGGCCGGGCCAAGCCUUCUCCUUCAAGGUGAAGCGCACGCUGCUUCAGAAACGCAGCCAAUACCAGAACAUUGAGGUCUUCGAGAGCACCAACCACGGGAAGGUGCUGGUGCUGGACGGUGCGAUCCAGUUCUCCGAGUGGGAUGAGGCGAGCUACCAGGAGAUGAUCACCUUCCUGCCAGUCAACGCCCACCCCAGACCCAGGAAGGUGCUGGUGGUGGGUGGAGGUGACGGAGGUGUGGUGAGGGAGUUGGCCAAACACCCGGAUGUGGAGGAGGUGGUGCAGUGUGAGAUUGAUGCGGAGGUCAUUGAGGCGUGCAAGACCCACGUGCCAUCCAUGGGCUGUGGCUUCACCAACCCCAAGCUGACGCUGCACACCGGCGACGGGGCAAAGUUCCUGGAGGAGACGCAGGACAAGUUUGAUGUCAUCAUCACCGACGCCUCGGACCCCAUCGUCAACACAGACCAGGAGGACGGCGAGACCAAGGACGGUCCUGCUGUCUCUCUCUUCAACGAGGAUUACUACGUCAAGAUGAAGAACAGGCUGGCCGAGGGAGGCAUCCUGUGCUGCCAGGGGGAGAGCAUGUGGCUGCACGCGGACCUGAUUGUGAAGCUGGUGGGUGCGUGCCGGCGUUCCUUCCCUGUGGUGCAGUACGCCUACACCUCCACCCCCACCUACCCCUCAGGACAGAUUGGCUUCAUCCUCUGCAGCACUAACCCAGCAACCAAAUUUGAUGAGCCCGUCCGAGUGUGGAGUCAGCAAGAGGCAACCAAGAUGGGCCUCAAGUACUACAACGCAGACAUCCACCGCACGGCCUUCACACUGCCCACCUUCAUGCGGAACAAGCUGGACCAGGCAAACUAACCUGACCUGACCUGAUGAGCUAGUGCUGUUGUGAGGAGAAUGAGAUAGGAAAGCAGUUAAUUGGUAAAGGAACAAGAUGGACCAGGCAAAUUAAACUAACCUGACCUGACCUGAUGAGUUAAUUGGUAGAGGAACAUGCUGGACCAGGCAAACUAACCUGCCCUGACCUGAUGAGCUAGUGCUGUUGUGAGGAGGAUGAGAUAGGAAAGCAGUUAAUUGGUAAAGGAACAAGAUGGACCAGGCAAACUAACCUAACCUGACCUGACCUGAUAAGUUAAUUGGUAAAGGAAUAACAUGGAUGAGAAGAGAUUGAGGAUAAAAAAGAAAGAUAGGAAAAGAAGCUGAACAAGGUAAACUAACCUAACCUAACCCUACUUGACCUGACCAAACAAACUGGUGGUGUUAUUAGAAGAAGAAAGAAAGAAAAAAUGGAGUUGAUUUUAAGAGGAACAAGAUGAAACAGCCUGAAGGAAAGAAGACUCAGGAAAAAAAAGAAAAAAAAGUUGACUGGAAAAGAAAGCUGAGAAGAGAGGAAGAGGAGGAGGAGGAGAAAUAGAAGGGAAGAGGAAGGAGAAUAGGAACUUAGGAUUUUUUUUUCCCCCAACAAAGGAGACGGCUCAAGGGCAACAAAAAGAGUGCAGAAAAAAAAGCCCACUACUCACCACACCCAUGAUAGACAAAAGUAAAGAGUGGCCAAGAGAGAGGUCAAUUUCGGGUAUUUCAUCUCGUUGUUUUGUGGCGAGAGCGGAAGGAGUGAGGCUGAAAAACAACAACCAGAUAGGAAACCAGAUUCUGUUUAUACCACACAGGCUCAAGUGAAAUCUCCAAUGCAUUUAAUUGAUUUAUGUAUAACUUUUGUUCUUUUUGCACUAAGUUAACAUCAGACUGGAUCACCGUAAUGCGAGAUAAACUGUGUGUGUGUAUGUGGGUGUGUGUGUGUGUGUUUCUUGGGUAGCUGGCUCAACCAAUUCCUUUACCAUUAAGUUUGUUUUGUGUGUAUGUGUGUGUUUGUGAUAAAGAAGGGGCUGGUGUGUGUGUGUGUGUGUGUGUGUGUGUGUGUGUGUGUGUGUUUCUUGGGCAGCUAGCUCAACCAAUUCCUUUACCAUUAAGUUUGUUUUGUGUGUGUGUGUGUAUGUGUGUUUUCGGCUAGCAAGGUUAAGUGCAAUAUUAUGAUGCCUCAUGACGCACAGCCGUGUAUGGCGCGUCACCUGUCGACAACCAAAAUAAAUUAUUGUUACACA